CUGCACCCACCCCGCGGCGGGUGGGGCCGGGGGCUCACGGUGCGUGUCUCUCCCGCAGGGCGGACCUUCCCCAAGCGCGGCCAGACCUGCGUGGUGCACUACACGGGUAUGCUGGAGGACGGGAAGAAGUUCGACUCCUCUCGUGACAGGAACAAGCCAUUCAAGUUCGUGAUGGGCAAGCAGGAGGUGAUCCGCGGCUGGGAAGAAGGGGUCGCCCAGAUGAGCGUGGGCCAGCGAGCGAAGAUGAUCAUCUCUCCGGACUACGCCUACGGCUCCACCGGCCACCCCGGCAUCAUCCCGCCCAACGCCACCCUAAUCUUCGACGUGGAGCUUAUGAAAUUGGAAUGACAGGAGGCGCCCAGCCCCCGCUCCCUGUCCUUGGGUUUGGCACAUGGAGGAAUCCAGAAUCUCAGCUUCAAGAAGAAUGCACAUGACUUUGUACGGAGCUUUUCCUGAUAUUCCACUACACUCGUUGUAUAACCCUGUACCUUGAUUGAAUGUGUUUGGUCACUCAGCUUUGCCUCUGACUCUUCCUCCUUGUAUUGUGUUUUUAUGUCUUUUAAACUAUACGCCGUAAACCUCAACUUUUAGGGGGUUUUCUAUUGUUUUUUUUGUUUUGUUUUUUUUCCCUUUCGGGCGAGCUCUUCAUCUGGUUGUGUUGCGGGCUUUAGUGCGCCCUGGGGUGACCUGUGCUAGGGAUCGUUGGAGCGAAGGAAAUGCCGGGAGCUGGUUUUGUUCUGGUUUUUUUUUUGUUUUUUUUGGAUGCAGAUAUCUGUUGUGUAUGACAAAGAGAUUGCCGCUGCCGUUGCAAAAGCCAUAGCAGAGCGAGGAGCUGUCAAGGGCUGACUGACUCUGGGGAGCAAAGGGGUCCUUGGCUGGCGGUGUUACUUCCCUGCCUGGGACUGAACACGGGAACAAGUAGCUUCCUGCUCCCUUCCCGGCAGGGUGGUGCCACCAUGCCAGCACUUUCCCCUUGGCGGUGCCCAGAGCGGGCAGUAUCCUGCCCCCUUUGCUGCCUGCUGCCUUUACCAGCAUGUGGUUGUUUUCCUCCCCCCUGCUUCCUCCUCCUGGAUUUUGAGGGUCUCUUUUCCUUUCGCCAUCCGUGCUCCACCACUACAUAGGCUGCAGCAUCGCAAGGGGCCUUUUGUACGUGGAUGGAAGGGGCCGUUUCCUGGGGGGGCACCGAUAGGAACGAGCCCGCGGCAGAAAGCUGGCGCCUCAGCCGUCGCCGGGAUGACGAGACCCCAGCACUCCCGCGCCAAACCUGAUGCUGGUCAUCACCGCGUGCCGCGGCCUCCCGUUCGGUGCACGGCUCCACCUCCACCUCGGCUCCCUUCCCUUCCCUCUGCCCCGCGUCGUGAUUUGGUAAGAGGAAUGGCUGCCAUCGCUUCCUCCUCCACCGCCACAUCAGAGUAUUGAGUUUUAUGAUUGCAAUAAAAGUGCUUUAUGCUGGCUUUUCUCAA